CUUUCAAGGGAUUUGCUGAUCAGUCCCAGAUGCUGCAAGUUAAUACCAAUAAUUGCAGAUUUAAAAUACAUUUGUUUUGUAAAAUCUUUAAAUAAAAGGGAUUAUUUUGUCACUGCCACGUGAUUUGCUGAACUGUGCUUGAUACAGCCCGAGCUAUUUAUAAGUCGUGAACUGGAAAUCUGCAAAGCAGAUCCACUCUUGCGACGCGCAUUCGAUCAAUUCGCCGCAAACAAUAGAAAAACACAGUGAGACCCGCAUCUAAAAUGAAAAUUUUUAAUUUAAUUUGGCUUCUCGCCAUCUGCUGUUUAUUUGCAAAGGCCCAUUCUGAGGAUGAAGCUAAUGAGAAAAUUCGCUUUACAGACUGCUGGAAUUAUGGAAAAAAUCGGUCCAUUCAUCCCGCUCCAGUUUUCGGUUCUGCCAACGAGGAAAAUUUGAGUUCAAAAGACUGUGGCCGCUUGAACGGACCUGAAAACAAUCGAAUGACUCCGUGGUCAGUUUACAUCAAAGAGACGGAUAGCCCAGGCAGGUACACCGACCACGGCGUUCUCGUGUCAGAUCAAACAAUCAUCUGUGACAGCUGGUGCAUUGGAUUGUACAAGUCUUUCAAGCUCGGAAAAGCGAUCAGCGUAUUUGGCGGAGAUUGUGGCGGUCAAGAGUGUGCGAAAGAUCGAGGUUUGCUGCAACAAAAGGUGCUUGAUGCGAAGGAGGUGAAACUGGAGCUUGGAAGAUUUUACACCGAAUCUUUCAUUGUUUUCCGAAUCGAAAAAGUGGAAUUGACUCCUAAUUUUCAGCCUGUUUGUCUAUGGAAUGGCAACAACCAGAACGACGUGAACCAAACUUUUUAUUCACACGAUGUUAUAAAGAAGGGGGUGCUUAAAAAAAUGGAUUUUUUGCCGGAGAAAACAUGUUACGAAGAUGACAAGAUUGAAAAAGGCGACUGCGACCUCUACGGCAAUUCAAUUAUCUGCUCUUCGAAUCCACCACACUUCUAUGUCCCCAAUUAUUUGUACGUGGAGCGCGCAGGACGAUUCUAUCUACGCGCUUUGUGGGCAGAUAGAAAACCUGACACUUUAACAUGGCUUGACUUGCUGCCCUUCACAAACCAAAUCGUCACCGCUUCUGCAGACUUGUCUGUCAUGCCCGAAAUUGCUCAAGGAAAAAACAAAACUGUGUAAUAUAUCUAUUUGCUCCAUAUAGCUUUGAUGAGCAAUUAAUUAGUUUUUGUCGUUUUUAUUAAAAAAAAAAAAAAAAAAAAAAAAAAAAUGUAAUU